AUGGAUUCCGACACCGACUCGAUGAAGCUGUCACUGGAUGGCAAAGCGGAAGCCGUCCAUCAAGAGCAUCUGGGCGACGAGAAUCCAGACGACUCGAUCGAGAUGACCGACCCGGGAAAGACCGUGUGGCUGAUUGCUUGGUACGAUACUGGCGUCAUCUCUGCGGUAUUGGUCAGCCUGGGAACAGGUCUAGGCAAAGCCCUCUCCUCUAGCGAGCAAGAGCUGGUCACUUCCAUCACCUCCGGAGGCGCGCUGAUCGGCGCAGUACUAGCCGGUCUGACAUCUGACAAGUACGGACGCAAGCUCGGCAUCUAUGUGGGCUGUGCGCUCUUCGUCGUGGACACCGUGAUCCAGGCCGCUGCGUAUUCCAUAGCGCAGAUGACGGUUGGACGGCUCGUCGUCGGGUUUGGCGUUGGCAACGCCGCCAUGAUCAUCCCUCUGUAUAUUGGCGAGAUGGCACCUGCUCGAUUCCGCGGCCGGCUGAUAGUCUUUGAUAAUCUCUCUGGGAGGUACAUGGUCGGUAUCGGGGCGCUUCCUGCCCUGAUGCUGGGCGCCGCCAUGCCAUGGUGUCCCGAGACUCCCCGUCAAUUGAUCUCGCACAGUCACGGUGAGGAGGCACGGCAAGUGCUGAAACGGAUCUUCCCACAAGCCACCGAUCAGCAGGUGGAUGCAAAAGCCCGGCUGAUCCAGCAUUCCAUCGAGGAAGCGGCGGUGUCGGUCUCGGAGAGGAGCCUGUGGUGGCAGAUGAAGCAGCUCUUCACGGUGCGCGAGAACGUGCGAGCCCUCGUCACGGCCUGCAUCGUCAUGGCCAUAUCCCAGCUGGGCGGGUUCAACACGCUCAUGUACUAUUCCGCCACGCUGUUCUCCAUGGUGGGCUUUAACAAACCCACCGCCGUGUCGAUGGUGGUCGGCGCGACGAACUUUCUGUUCGGCUUUGCCAACUUUGCAUCCAUCGAUCGUUUUGGCAGACGCGUGGUCCUCUUGAUCACCUCCCUCUCUCUAGUAGUCGCCGCCAUCGCCUUCCACUGGAUCCCCGUCAACCACGACCUCACCGUGGUCCAAACGCAGCAAAUGAGCUGGGCAAGCAUCCUCCUCCUCGUAACCAUCAUCAUCUACGUAGCCUUUUUCGCCGCCGGCGUCGCCCCAAUCGCAUGGGUUGGCACGGAGUUCCUGCCGCUGGAAGUCCGCGCGCUCGGCACGAUGAUGAACACGGUGACCUGCUGGGGAUGCAACAUUAUCAUCUCGUCGAUGUUUCUGUCGAUGAUGAAGGCCAUGACGCCGAGCGGGGCAUUCGGUUUCUAUGCCGGUAUUUGCUUCGUCGGCUGGGUGUUUGUCAUUUUCUGUUACGCGGAGGUGCAUAAUAUGCCGCUGGAGUCGGUGCGGGAGGUGUAUAGACAUGGCUUUGGAGUUAAGUAUGCUAAACAGCUGCAGAGGGAGCGGAAGCUUCGGGAAAGGCAGAAGCCGGUGGAUGUCUAG